AUGGACGUCUCCACCCAGACUGCCCCCCUCAUCCCUGGCGCCGCCCCACCGCCGGAGCCCGGCGGGCCGCCCCAGGACGACCCCCCGCCCACGCCGGCGCCCGGCGGCGGGCAGCAGGCCGAUGGCCAGGCCAGCGGCGGGGCCAACCGCAACGCACCUGCAGCGAACCAGCCCGAGGAGAUGUCCGUGGUGGUGAUGCCGACGCGCGUGCGCGUGGACAGCAGCGUCGUCUGCGCGCACUGCACCAUCAGCUGGCUAUCGAACUGUGUGCUCGGUGCGACGAUCUUGAGCAAG